AUGCAAGUCGGCGGUAUCAAUCAGUCAGUUAGCAGCGUGAAUCAAUCAACACAAGUAUCAGUGAAAUCUAGAUAUAACCAAUACAAUCAGAAUAUUAAGUGCUUAGUUUUAAGUAACAUAACAGAAAACCUUCCGAUUAAUCCGAUGGAUAUGUCAACCAUAAGUGUUCCUAAAAAUAUAAAGCUUGCGGAUCCAGACUUUCAUCGGCCCGGGCCGAUUGAUCUAUUAAUCGGUGCAGAAUUGUUUUUGCCUUUAAUGUGCAUUGGACAAAUUCAUGUUGCCCCGGGGCGACCACAUUUCCAAAAAACCCAGUUGGGAUGGAUUGUUGGAGGAAACAUAAACGCAUCCGGUAAUAAACCUAGAGCCUUGUGUCAUUUUACACGUUCAGAUCAGGAAUUACACGACCAAGUGAGUAAACUGUUUGCGCUUGAGGACACUAAAAUUGUCGCCGACAAAGUUACUCCGGAAGAACGACAAUGCGAAAUCCAUUUUUCACAAACCAUUAAGCGGGAUGUACACGGGCGGUUCGUGGCGCGCCUACCUUUCAAGUGCACCCCGCCUGACUUGGGAAAUUCCCAGCAAGGCGCCCUCAAUCGGUUUCGAUCUUAA